UAUUAGCCAGCACAAGCUGCCAUAUAUAUCACCACUCUGUUAAAUCUCCGCCCUUCCUUCCUUAUCAUACCAUCUCUCCCCUCUAUCUCUUCCUCUUCUCACCAUUUCUUUCUAAGAGCUUCAUUUCAAAACCUCUUCAAUGGUUAAGUCCUCCUCAGCAUCCAACCUCUGAAAGCCGCCCUUCGUUGCUCGCAGCUCUUUAGCCUUCUUAGAAUUGUCUCCCUCGAAUACAUAUGCUUUCCUCUGCUGCAAGUCUUAUUGGUUCGAAACAUCAAUACAGUGCAUUAAAAACCACUUUCUCUGUCUUCUUCAAUACCUGAAGUUGCAGAACUCAAAAGAGUUCUGCUAUUUGGUACACUUGGGAGAUUUGUGCUCAUUGAAACAAACAAGAGCUGAAAAUGGCACCAAGGAACAGUCGUGGCAAGGCUAAAGGAGAGAGGAAGAAGAAGGACGAGAAGGUUCUCCCUGCUGUUGCUGAUAUCACAAUAAACCUUCCCGACGAGACUCAUGUUGUUCUGAAGGGAAUAUCAACAGACAGGAUCAUAGAUGUUCGGCGGCUUCUAUCGGUGAAUACUGGAACGUGCUACAUCACAAACUUUUCAUUAUCACAUGAGGUCAGAGGAUCGCGGUUAAAAGACACGGUCGACGUGUCAGCUCUCAAGCCGUGUGUGCUCACUCUGAGCGAAGAGGACUACGAUGAGGAGCUUGCAGUGGCGCACGUUAGACGACUCCUCGACAUCGUGGCAUGCACAACGUGCUUCGGUCCAUCGGCGACUGCGCAGGAUAAGCUCAAGUCCGAUACCGGAAAGAAUGCGCCGGCUGCGCAGGAUAAUAAGACUUCUAAGAAAACCACCACCAAAUCUCCAUCCACCGCCGCUAUCUCCACUAAGAAAUCAUCGUCACCAAAAUCAGCAUCGAAAGAUGUUCCAGUGGACGCAGAGGGAGAAAUGAGCCACUCGUGCCCUAAGCUUGGGAGCUUUUACGAGUUCUUUUCUCUCUCGCAUCUCACCCCUCCUCUUCAAUUUAUAAGGAAGGCAACGAAAAGAGAGAUUGAUGAGAUUUCCGUGGAUGAUCAUCUUUUCUCGCUUGAUGUGAAGCUAUGCAACGGGAAGCUGGUUCAGGUUGAAGCUCGCAGAAAAGGGUUUUAUAGCGUUGGAAAGCAGAGGAUUUUAUGUCACAAUCUUGUUGAUUUGCUAAGGCAGCUUAGUCGAGCUUUUGAUAAUGCUUACGAUGAGCUCAUGAAAGCAUUUGCUGAGCGUAACAAGUUUGGGAAUCUUCCGUAUGGUUUUAGAGCAAACACAUGGCUUAUCCCUCCUGUUGCAGCACAGUUGCCGUCAGUUUUCCCUCCUCUCCCAGUUGAGGAUGAAACAUGGGGAGGAAAUGGGGGUGGUCUAGGAAGAGAUGGGAAAAAAUAUUUAAUACCUUGGGCUGAUGAGUUUUUGUUUGUCGCAUCCAUGCCUUGCAAGACAGCUGAGGAGAGGCAGAUUCGAGACAGGAAAGCCUUCCUUCUUCACAGCCUAUUUGUCGAUGUUGCUAUUUUCAGAGCCAUUAAGGCUGUGCAACAUGUAAGACUAAAGCCAGAUUUAUUGGGUUCGGUUGCAAACAGUGAUAUUCCUUAUACAGAGAGAAUUGGGGAUUUAAGCGUCACAGUUAUGAAAGAUGCUUCCAAUGCAAGCUCUAAGGUAGACACUAAAAUUGAUGGGAUUCAAGCAACUGGAACUGAUAAGAAACAUUUAGUAGAGAGGAACCUUUUGAAAGGGAUCACUGCUGACGAGAAUACGGCUGCUCAUGACAUUGCCACCCUUGGUUUUCUUAAUGUAAGAUACUGUGGUUUCAUCGCCAUUGUAAAAGUUGAGGUGAGGGAUGAAAAGAAAGCCAGUCCUCCAUCCCAAAGUAUUGAACUUGAACAGCCUGAAGGUGGUGCAAAUGCCCUUAACAUCAACAGCUUGAGACUACUACUUUACAAAACGAUACCUUCUGAGCACACGAAGCAGACACCAAAUCUGCAAACUUUGGAAUGCGAAGAGCUCUGUGCUUCCGAAGCAAUUGUAGAGAGAUUGCUGGAAGAAAGUGUUGCUAGGCUUGAAGAAGAGGCACCAGAGCAGGAUCAUUUGGUGAGAUGGGAACUUGGAGCCUGCUGGAUGCAACAUUUGCAAGACCAGAAAAAUACUGAAAAAGAUAAGAAACCUUCUACAGAAACAGAAAUGAAGGUUGAGGGGCUUGGGACACCUCUUAAGUCCCUUAAGAACAAGAAAAAAUCAGAUGAAAGCCAUGUAAAAAUGCAGUCGGAAAACUCAAGACCUGCCUUUGAUGGUUUAAGUGGGGCAGUUGAAGAUGCUACAUUGCCUUACAAGGAGUCUCACCUUGAAAUUGAUGCCAAAGAUAAUGAGCUUGCACUGCAGCAGUUGUUGUCUGACGCAGCCUUUGUUCGACUAAAAGGAUCAGAUACUGGACUUCAUCGCAAGUCUCUGCGAGAGCUAAUCGACUUGUCUCAUAGAUAUUACACAGAAGUUGCUCUUCCUAAACUGGUAGCAGAUUUUGGUUCACUGGAGCUUUCACCCGUCGAUGGCCGGACUCUAACUGAUUUUAUGCACACUAGAGGUCUUCAGAUGCGCUCCCUGGGACAUGUUGUAAAGCUUUCCGAAAAGCUGUCACAUGUGCAGUCACUCUGCAUUCAUGAGAUGAUAGUACGAGCCUUUAAGCACAUACUUCAGGCUGUGAUUGCUGCUGUUAUGGACCAUGAGAAAAUUGCUGUAUCAAUAGCCGCUGCAUUAAAUUUGAUGCUUGGGGUUCCUGAAAGUAGAGAUUCAAUCAAGUCUCUGCGUGUCCAUCCUCUUGUAUGGAGAUGGCUGGAGUUAUUUUUGAAGAAGCGGUAUGAAUGGGAUCUUAGCAGUUCAAACUUCAAAGAUGUGAGGAAAUUUGCAAUCCUGCGUGGGCUUUGCCACAAGGUGGGCAUUGAGUUGGUUCCAAGGGAUUUUGAUAUGGAUUCUCCACAUCCAUUCAGAAAAUCAGAUGUUGUCAGUCUGGUCCCUGUGCAUAAGCAAGCAGCAUGCUCCUCUGCAGAUGGAAGGCAACUCCUGGAAUCAUCAAAAACAGCUCUAGACAAGGGAAAACUUGAAGAUGCAGUCACUUAUGGGACAAAGGCUCUUGCAAAGCUAGUGGCUGUUUGUGGUCCCUACCAUCGAAUGACUGCAGGAGCAUACAGCCUUCUUGCUGUGGUAUUGUAUCACACUGGGGACUUCAAUCAGGCAACUAUAUAUCAGCAAAAAGCUUUGGAUAUUAAUGAGAGAGAAUUGGGACUUGAUCAUCCAGACACAAUGAAAAGCUAUGGGGAUCUUGCUGUGUUCUAUUACAGACUUCAACAUACAGAGCUGGCUCUCAAGUAUGUAAAGCGUGCUUUGUAUCUUUUACAUCUCACAUGUGGUUCAUUACACCCGAACACUGCUGCAACAUACAUCAAUGUGGCUAUGAUGGAGGAAGGCCUGGGGAAUGUGCAUGUUGCGCUCAGAUAUCUUCAUAAAGCUCUGAAAUGCAACCAAAGUUUACUUGGCCCAGAUCAUAUUCAGACAGCUGCAAGUUACCAUGCAAUAGCAAUUGCACUCUCAUUGAUGGAAGCAUAUCCUUUGAGUGUUCAACAUGAACAAACAACCUUGCAAAUUCUCCGAGCGAAGCUGGGUCCAGAUGAUUUGCGUACUCAGGAUGCUGCUGCUUGGCUUGAGUAUUUUGAAUCUAAGGCUUUUGAACAGCAAGAAGCUGCACGUAAUGGUACUAAGAAACCUGAUGCAUCAAUUGCUAGCAAAGGCCACCUAAGUGUAUCAGAUUUGCUGGACUACAUUAAUCCAAGUCGUGAUGCCAAGGGGAGAGAUGUGGCUGGGAAGAGACAGAGCUAUAUCACUAAGGUAAAGGAAAAAACCCAACCAAAUUUUGGUAUCUCAAGUUCUAAUGAAUCUCCAAAAAAUACUCCUAAAGAGGCUUUGGAUGUGGAGAUACAUGUGCCUGAAGAUGAUGCUUCCCAGGAGACCAGCUCUGUCCAUGUUGAAUUCCAGACGCCCAUUGUGGAAGAGACUGUAGAAAAAAAAUCAAGCAUUGUGACUGAAGCCUUUUCUGAAACUCAUGCUUUAGGAGAUGAUGGAUGGCAACCAGUUCAAAGGCCAAGAUCAGCUGGCUUGUAUGGGCGACGACUAAAGCAGCGGCGUGGGAUUGUUGGCAAAGUUUAUAGUUAUCACAAAAAGAUUGUGGAUCCUGACAUGGAUUACACUCCUGUCAAGAAUGCUAAUCAGAAUAAUAGGUAUUACCUUUUAAAGAAACGGACACCAUCUCAUGGAAGUUAUGGAGACCACCAAACUACCAAUCUCCCUCAGGGUACCAGAUUUGGGAGAAGAAUAGUUAAAGCUGUAACCUACAGGGUCAAGUCUGUUCCUUCAUCUAAUAAAACUGCUACAACAGAGAAUCCCAGAAUUCACAGCACUGCUCUUACUUCAUCAGAAUCUGCUCCAAUUUCUCCCCCUAAUGACAUCGGUCAAUUCAAGAAUUCAAUAGUGAGUCUUGGAAAAUCCCCUUCAUACAAGGAAGUAGCAUUGGCCCCACCAGGGACCAUUGCUAAGCUGCAGGUCUGGUUUCCUAAAAGCGAUACUUCAGAUAACCAGGAAAUUGGUGAUGGAAAACUCAAGGAGACCAAUGAAGUUAAAGAAGUUGCUGGUCCAGUAGUGAUGAGUGUGGAAGAUAGCAGCGGAGAGAAUGGUGAGAAUUCUGAAUCAGAUCAUACAGAUGAUUUGAAGAAGGAAACAGGUGUUGCUCUGAAAAUGGAAGAACACCACUCGACUCAUGUAUUGGAAGAAAAUUCCUCCCCGAGUAUGCAAGGACCUGAAUCUGGUGAUAUUGAGGUUCAUGGAAUUUUACAGAAUGGAAUGUUGAUUGACCAGAUGCAAAAUUUAAACAAUUCUCUUCCAAAGGAACCACACGAGAAGGAUUCAUCUAUUGAAUUGGAACCACUAGUUGGUCCCAACUCCACCCUGCCAGGAGUAGAGGAUUUGAAGGACAAACCAUUGAUUUUGAAUUCAGGUGAUUCUCAGGGAUUGCCAAAUAAGAAAUUGUCUGCUUCUGCGGCUCCAUUCAACCCAUCAACAUCCAUUGGAUGCUCUUCACCAGGUGCCAUCAACAUCCCUCUUCCUUCUGCUCCUGGUGGUGUUCCAGCUGUAGCACCCUGGCCUGUAAACAUGACUAUUCACCCUGGACCUGCAACUGUCAUAACCCCCCUCAAUCCAAUGUCCUCUCCACACCAUCCAUACCCAUCACCACCUCCAACCCCAAACAUGAUACACCCAUUGUCCUAUAUGUAUCCUCCUUACAGUCAAGCAGUGCCAACCAGUACAUUUCCUGUUACUAGCAGCACCUUCCACCCUAAUUAUUUCUCCUGGCAAUGCAAUGUGCGCCCCAAUGUGUCAGAGUUUAUUCCGAGCACAGUAUGGUCUGGCUGUCAUGCAGUGGAGUUCUCUGUCCCACCACCUGUUGUUGGGCCAAUUGCUGAUCCUGUAUUGGAGCCUAAAGUACAAUUUGAAAAUUCUGGAAGCCCAAGUCCACCUCCAACUCAGCCAGUGGACAUUGACAAUGUAGGAUUAGCUAAUGAAGAAAUGAACCUUCAAGCAUCAGACAGAAAGGACAACAUGAAGGAAUUGACUGGAGUUGGCUUGGAAAAUAUCAAGGAAAAUGGUCACUCAAAUCUGUCUGAAGUUGAAGUUCGUAGGAACGAUUCAAGUCAGAAAAAAAGCCCAAAAGAAAAUGUCACUAGCAGUGUUGACCAGCAGAUCCAUGGGGAGAAAACCUUCAGCAUUUUGUUAAGAGGAAGGAGAAACCGGAAGCAGAAUCUGAGAAUGCCAGUAAGUUUGCUUAGUCGACCAUAUGGCUCCCAGUCUUUCAAAUUUAUAUGUAAUAGAGUGGUAAGAGGCAGCGAAUCUCCAAAAUCUACAAGCUUCGCUCCUGGUGAAGGCUGCACAGCUAGUGCUACAUGAUCCUAGGUUCUGCUGUUCUCUCCAGUCAAGUGAUUCUGAUCGUUUGGAGAUAGCUGGAGGAUAGUAUUUUUAUUUGAUUAUAUGCACAAGGGACACACUUAUCUUGAGUAUUUUCUGGCUUUCAUGGUCUUAGCACCUUCUGGAAAAUUUACAGAUCACAACUGAUUGCAGUACGCAGGUUGACCAAUCUCCUAGUCUAUGGAUAAAAUUUGGUGUAAAUGAACAGAUGCUUCCAUUUUGUUCAGGUAUUUCUGUGACCCUAUCCAUCUCUUCUUUUCGUCAAUUCCAGAAGACUAUCCAUUUUAGCAUGAUAAACAGGCCUGGUUAAAGGGGAGAAAAUGUCCUUUUCAGUUAGUUGGUGUCUUGUUAAAUUGUACCGCAAUUGAUUCCUUUGAGAAACUAUCCAGAGAUGUUUUGGUAGUGGGUACAUAGCACAUAACUUGACCACUGAGUUCAUUCUUGGUAUCCGUAAUAAGGAUGCGUCUGCCAUGACUUUGGUAAAAAUUAAUCCAUUUCUUGUACAAAAGUGCUUUACUUUUAUGUGACAAAAAAGUGAAGUCAAAGAUGACUUGAAGUUAUGGUAUGGUAACAAUCACCGAUGCCCAAGUGUCAUCAAGCUGGAGAUUAGGAGGCUAAAGUGGUUGAAAGGUUCCGGUCUAUUAUAUUGAGUCGCAUUUUUUUUUUUUUUUUGGUUCUGCUUGAUGUGCAGGUUUACAGUAAGAAGUCUGCCAUUGGGACCUUCAACAUAUGUUUCGUCAAGUAGACAAUUUUGGCUUAAAAUGUAGCUAGAAAAUUUUGAUAUCUUGGAUCACAGCAUCUAAAUACAUCCAGUACUUUCGGUUUCCCGUAGCUUUGACUUUUGAAAUAUUAAUUUGAUUGAAUUGUAAACAAGGGGAGCUAAUCCAUUGAAUCCAGCUUUGACGUUUUGUUUAA